AUGAGUCGACGCAGUGGCGUCUCGGACGACACGACGACGGGUGAGCACGACCUUAGGGAACGUAGUGAUAGUGUCAGUAGUGGUUCAGGAAGUUAUGAUACUGCGACGGCUCCACAAUUUGUACCACUUCAUUCACGGGUUGGGAAGAAAUACCAGGCUACUAUUCCUGAGCUACUUGCAUCUCCAAGGAAUGGUAGAGAGCUAUUAUAUACGAAACAGGCACUAGAGCAGCCACGAUCAAGGUUUUGUGCUGAUCGAGCUCACGGAUUAGGAACGGAGUUGGACAAGUAUUUGAAACUUGCAUGGUCAUUACGAGAUGGAGCAACAUUUGAUACACAGGAACAGGUGACAAUGUUAGCGUUACAAUUGUUGCAUCGCUUUGAUUACAAUACAAAAGACGCUGCCUGCUCGCUGUAUGCAAGACACAGUAUUGAGCUACCAAUAUCAACUCUAGGGGGUAGUCAGACCAAGUUAACAACAGCUGAAGAAGCCAAGAUGUGGCUCUUGGCGUUCUAUCGCUGCAUGAGACAACCAAAAAUUGAUACAAAAGUGCUCGAGUACAUGUGUGAAUUGCAUGAAAAAGCAAAAUCCAAUGCUGAUGUUGUACCAGCUACUGAAGCUGGGCUACUGCACGAAGCAGAGGAUAUGCAGAUUGUGUUGCCCGAAAAAGAAGCUGUCGUAUCUAGAUUACAAGCGUUUGAUACCGCACUCACGCAGUUGAAAGAAGCGUUACAACAUACUAGUAGUAGCAAACGGCAUCAGAGCAAAAAAGUGGAGCUGAAAGAGCUGGAUGAACUUUUUAAAGCGGUGAUGGCACCACAGCUGUUUUAUCCGGAAGAAGACAGCUUUCGUGAAACGGUAGACGAGGCUAAGGAACUUAAGGCUAUGAUUGACAACAUGCUGGAGGAGGGCAAAGUAAGCCUUCCGGUUGUGCGUGACGUGUUGGCAAAGAUUGAGUUGAUACCAGUGAAUUUCGAACAGGAAGUGGAGCAAUUUCAGACUAAAAUGCUUAGUGCACAGACGUGGCUAGCCAGGGCACGCAAAUGUAUGCCGAAUCGUCGAGCAACUCGUCGUGCUGGUGGUGCAGACACAAAGAAAAUGGAUCUGGAAGCAAUCCGUGCGCUUGUAGACGAUGCACCUUGUGAGCAUAGCACCGAAAUGUUUGAAAUCCAAGACUUACUUGUGUGUGCAGAUGAGUGGGCCGCUAAAGUACAGGAGGCACUAAAUGGUGGCGCUGACGUGACUCUCAGUCGCUUGAAAGAGAUCUUGGAUGAGGCUAAAGACAUUCCUGUGGUUAUGGACGAGCAGAAGUAUUUGGAGGCUGAAAUUGCUGCACGAGAAUGGUGUACGACUGCCGCACUGAAGUUAGCUUCUCGCAAGUCUAUAGAGGAAAUAGAGGAUUUGAUUGUGCAGGCAAAUACCAUACGAGAACGCAUAUAUCCUAAAAAACAGUUGCGUUGGAAGCCACAGAUAGAACGCGAUAUUCAUGCCACCAUGAAUCAAGCGCGCAAAUGGAUUAACGAACUCCGCGAUAACCUCGGCAUUACGGCUUUUGACAAGUUGUAUGCCUCGUUGUCGUCAUACGUACCAUCUCCACAUUCAUCGAGAUCAUCAGUGCAUUCGUCGGUGUCAUAUACUGAUAGAGCAAAGAAGAAGUCAAUGGAUGCAAUUAGCAAACUCAUUGAAAAGUCGCAGUCUCUUGCGGUUGACGUGUCCUCAUACACCACGCCACUGAACGACUUGCUCCUGAAGGGUGUUGAAGCGCAGGCUGAGGCGAGCGCUAUUUUGAUGAGCAUUGGGUGCUUAUCUGGAACCAACGGUUCUGACACAUUAGAUGGUACGACCAAGAUGGAAAUGAACUCGAUGCCUCGAGAGCUGGGAGAUUUGGCGCAGGCGUCGUCUCUACUGGAGCGGGUUGACGCCUUUCCAUUUACCUUUGAGGAGGGACUAAGUCUCGCGAGCAUCGUCGAAGGCGAGAAGAGUUGGGCGGCGCGCGUUCGUGACUGUAUUCCUCCACGGCAAUCAAGGAAAAAGCGUUUAUCUAAAAACGCAUUUUCGACAGAACAACUGCAUGAGUUGCUGAAUGAAUCCAAGAAGUUGCGAUUUCUUUUUCGCGACGAGCUACGUAUACUAUCUAAGGAGCUCAGUGAGCUGACCAUGUGGCGAGCGAAAGCGCACGAAGUUAUCAAUGGCGCAGUAAGUGCAUCUAUUGGAAAGGUGGUUGAUCGUCUUCGAACGUUUGAUCUACUUGUGUAUGGGAAGCUGCAAAAAGCAAAAAAGAAGCUUCGUAUUGGCGAUACUGCUGCUACCGACGCAGAUCAAGAUACUAACGCGAGUGUUGACAUGGUGGUACCAUCAGCGCAGCCCCAUGACUCACCGCAAGCUAUUACAGAGGAAGCGAAGACCAACGAAUGCGCGAUGCAGAUUGAUGCGGAAGGCCUAAGCGAUAGCCAGCCGCCAGCUGAAGACAUUAAACAGGAGAAUGUAAAGCCAGAGGUUGCUAAUGGUGAGAAGAGGAGCGUUGUAAAACAGGAUGCUAAAACAGCAACAGUUUCUGGCACAAAGUCUAUCAGCGCGACUGGUAUCGCUGACAUAAAUACGCAAGUGCUAGAGAUACAUGCUGAUUCAAUUAUGACGCAGGUUAGAAUUGAAAGUGGUUGCAUGCAAAAGUCGGUUACCACAGAUGAAAAAGACGACACUAGUGCUAGCGAUUUGAACACUGUGUGGAUGUCGAAAAGUGGGUGUGAUCUCUUAGAACUAGUCUUGAAAAUGGCUGAAGAGAGUUUUGAAGCGGUUAAUAGUUUGGAGUUGAAAGAAGCGGAAGCACGGCAAACAGUCGAGGAACUCGUCCUAGCUGGCGAAAAAGGCGAUAUUGCGGAGAAUAUUACGGAUCAAUCGGUGCGAGCACUAGAUAAAUGGAAGCAACACUUAUUACAUGCACAAAUAGAAAGUGAUCUCCUUAGUGUGGAAGCUUCAGAGCAGCAGGCGCUCAGCCUGAUCAUAUCGUUGCUAGAGUGGUUGCAAGGGUCUAGGUCACUUUUCUACGAUGAAACACUUCCUCUGCAAGACCUCGUGGCUACAGGUCACAAGAUUGCUGAGAAACUCGAGGAGUUUAAAGCAAUUGGUGUUAUAACGCCAAAGACGUUGGAGACUCUGGAGCAAAUGCUUUGGCCACUGCCAUACUUGAAAGCCCAUGAGAAGGUGGUGCUAGAGUGGACCGAGCGCGUGCAAAGAUGUGUGGCGAACAAGCAUGCUCAUGUACGCGAACUACAGGCACUGCUUGAUAGUGGAAGUGGACUAUUACUAGAGCAGGGCACUUUCAAGGUCGUGAUGGACGAAGUUAAGAAAGCUAGAAUUUGGUUAUCGAAGCUCAAGAAACGUGUACGGGCUUUGAUAACGAAAGGAGUUGGACGAAUGAGCAUGGCUGCGGCGCGUUCUCUUGUAGAGGAAGGCGAAGAUAUUGCAAUUGACAUUCCUGUGUUUGAUUUUCUCAAAGAGCAUCUGGAGAUUGCGAGUGACUGGGAGAACCGUGUGUUGGGGUCUGGAAUCGAAACAGGCCAGGCCCGGGUUGGCAAUUUGCUUGCAUUGCUGAACGAAUAUGAGUGCGCUCGACUUGUAAUUGACCUCGAUAUGCACCGAAAUGUUCUUCAAACCGCGACAGAGCGCUACUGCAUAUGUCGCCAGCCUUUUGAUGGAUUAAUGAUCGGGUGCGACUACUGUGAUGACUGGUUCCAUGAUAAUUGUAUUGGCAUGUCCAAGGAAAAAGCUGAGAAAGUGGAGCACUACACUUGUCCGUCGUGCAUGAUUUUGGAGGAGCUUGCAGCAAUGUUGCAGCAAGCAAAGGUUGUUGGACAGCGAAGUAAUUUGUGGGACAUGCACGAGUAUGCCAAGGCCUUUGAAAAAGACCAUGCUAGUGCGUUACGAAAAGUUAAGCGUGAGGAGAAAACCGUCGAGCGUACUGAGAUGCUGUUGUUUAGCUGCAACAAUCAGAUAAAUCAGCUUCGGGCACGGUUCGAUGACAUUGAGCGCGCAAAGGCCUGCUUGGCAAUCAAUCCUGUUACAAAUAAUGCUGUUGAAGCACCAAAUUCAUCACAUCAGCCAUCGCAGCUCAAGCUUUCUUCUGCGGCGCCGUCGUUAGCAGCUGCCGUACCAAGCGCAUCUUGUGCUGUGGCGAGUGUUACUGCUGCAAAAACCGCUACAAGCGUGUUGGCUCCGCCAGUCGUAGUUGAUGCAAACGCACUUUUACUGGCAACGGCGGCUUCUUCCGCUCCUACUACUUCUGCUAGCUGCAACCGUACUGCUACAUCAAGUACUGCCGUGGCGCCAACUCUUGCACCUGUCCUAAACCGCCAGCACUAUCCUAGUAUUCUGAUUCCGACCAUGCGCGCCGUCAACAACGCAUUGAAGAGCGCGCCUAAGCUAAGCGCGGUUGCUAAAUCGGCUGCGACAAUGGAUGCAGAUGCUUCGACCAGCGCAUCUAGCGUAAAUGGGAAAAAAGAUCUGAAGGAGCUGCCAAACGGUUCUAUGAAAAGUGCUACCUCUAUAGCGUCUGCAGUGACAAUGGCAGCUAGUGUUGCCGUUUCAUCUCAUCAGCUGGCAACAGUUACUGUGACUACGGCCACUGCCGCGCCUACUUCAACCUUAUCUAUCCAGCAGACUUCAACCCCGGCAUUGCUGAAUCCAAUCACAGCUACGUUAGUGGGGAACACGGAACGCUUAGCAGCGCUUGUAGUUGCGGGUGGCGUGGAGCAUCAACUGGCGAAGAUAAAGUGUGAGCAUGUUGAGGCAAGCAAGCAAGCUUUAGAGCUUCAGAGCUCGCUGCAUCUAAGUCGCGAGCGAUUGUUGAACGCUCAGAAAGCACUUCGCGAGCUCUCGGAUGUAUUCCAUGCUCGUCACCGUAUGCUGCCAUAUGCACAAACGUGGAUUCAGCAAGCUGUGUCGUUACUCAAUACGACAUCUUUGCUGUCACGUACCAACAUUGAUUGCAAGGAAUUUCUCCCGCAAGAGUUUGCAACCGCACUCGAUGCAAUGAUGAGCUCUCCACCUGAUACCGAUACGAGUUUUGGAUUAGAAAGAGUAUCGAUAAGCAUCGAUAAAUUGUUCCCAGCUGUGGACAUAUUUGCAAAGUUGUUACGCACAGUGUCAUGGAGCCAAGUAGUGGUAUCUUUGCUGCAGGAAAGACCAUCAAGAAGCGAGAUUAGUAAUGCCAUCUCGUAUGCCACUGAGUUUAGAAUUUGGGAGGACAAAAAAGUUCUGACUCCGCUGCGCAGCUUGAUCGGUCGUGUGGACGCGUGGGUAUCGCGGGUGCACAAAUGUAUGACAAGAUCUGGGACUAAGACGCAGCAGUUGUCACGACUGAAGGUGUUGAUGAAUGAAUACUCGAAGCUCCCGCUGACGUAUGCGAAGACAGCAGAACCCUUGGAUGUCUAUAUAAAGGUGUUGACAGGUGUUGGUAUCAACAGCAUGGUAAAAAGUGAGGAUGAACCAUUCACUCUUGAAGCAGCAGAGACUGCCGCCGCAAAGGCUUUAGAUAAAGCGAUGCUUGGCCUUUCUUCGUCUGUAGCCGUAUCUGGUGCAGGUGCUAUGGGCACGACGAAGAAGCAAGAGCCACGGAAACGGAAGGCGUACACAAAAAAAGAAAAAGCCCCACCGCGCUCUUUGAAAAAGAUGAAGAGACCACAGGAUGGAUUGAACAUGGUACCAUCAGCGACGAAUUCUGUUGCUUUAGUCACGACAUCAAACGCGGAGUUGACAGCUCCAACUGGUGUUGGUACUUCACAGAACGCUUCAACAUGA